AUGUUGGGUUGGAUGCUGAGACGCGGCGAGAACGCGCCAGAGGUCGUCAAUGAUGGGGACACGACACAAAUUGACCAACCUGAUACCCCCGCGCCUGUUUUCGCCGCCAGAGCGUUCAAGAGUGCGCUUUUCGGGACCCCAGCCCGACCUAUCAACCAGUCUACGAGAGCUACAUCAAAAGAUAAGAACUCCAGGAACGACCAGGAAUCUCAAACACCACCGCGACCGCAAGGGAUCCUUUUGACUCCUGGUACCGGCACCACAAGACGAAAGCGCGUGUCUUUCGGACAGGACGUAAAGAAGAAUACCAACCUAAACAAGGAACCGGAGCCGCGUCAGCGCACGCGCUUGAAUGUUGCUCUGGAGAAGGCGUCGAAAUCUGUAAGCCAAAAGAGCGGAGUACAACAAGACCAGGAUGAUUCCUCAGACGAGUGGGAAGAAGCCGAUGAUGAGGAUCACUGCACACACGACAUUACGAUCGAUCUUAAUGAGCCACAUUCGCAGUCGGGCAGAUACUGGAAGGAGGAGUUCGAGAAGUACCACGAGGAUGCGAAAGCCGAAAUGGAGAAGCUGCUCAAAUACAAGCAACUCGCCAAAUCUUACGCGAAACAAAAGGAUGAGGAGGCGAUUGAGCUCGCAGUCAAGCUCAAGGAAGAACAGCAAAAAGUCAUUGAAAUGGAGAGACAGAUUGCGGAAGGUGCCUCUAAAAUUGCAUCAAAGCGAGGAGACCAGUCCGACGAUGUUAGCGCCAAGCUCUUAUCAACACUAACGAAACAAACGGCAUUGGCUAUACAGUAUCGAACUCGUGUGCAAGAACUCGAAGACCAGCUUGAGGAAUUCCUUCGCGACCGGGAAGAUGAUCCAGAUUCCAAGGGUCACAAGCGACGGCAAGCGACAUCACCCAGAACCCAGAAAACUUUGAUCGAAACACAGCGCGAAUUAAGACGAGCCCGUAUGCAAGUCAAAGAAGCCAGCGAGCUUCGUGACCAGGUCUCGUCUCUGAAAACCCAACUCCGAACGGCUGAGAAGCGAGCUGCCUUGGCGGAGGCGAAGAACGAGAUGAGUGACAAUGCGCUAGGAAAGGCCGAGAACGAACCCUUGCGUGAGGGAUCGCGGGCGCAAGAGCUACGUGCUCAACUUCGCGAAGCUAGGGAGGAAAAUAAGAAGAAGGAUGAAGAGCUGCGUCAACUUAAGCAAGAGUUUGAGGCGUACCGCAAUGAAACACAAGCCCACAAUGCAGAUACAAAUGCAGUGCUGGAACGGGCGCAUACAAAGAUUGCUGAACUCAAGAAAGAUAUAAAGACGCUUAAGGCUGGGGACCACGAUGUUCAUGAUCAGCAUGACCCUGCAGUUCGACCGAAGAGCUGGCACGUCCAAACAGACCCAGGUCAUCUUGGAGAGGAAGUCUCAAAACCUAGAAACGUUGCUUCGGACGAGGGCUUUAGGGAUCGAAGACCUGACAUGGCACGACGAAGUUUCGACUUCAAAGAUCUGGAAGACGGCACGACGGAUCUUAAGAUUACGGAUCCCAACAUCCCCUCGUUGCGUCAAAAGUUUCACGAAGACGGACAUUCGAAGGCCACGAAAUCAGACAUCGGCAUCUCGAAGCCGUUGUCAUCGAAAAUUAGUUCUAAGCCAGAUAUCGGGCGGCCUAGGUGGCAGCCAUUCGUUCCCCGAUCACCGAGGAAUAGAGCAUAUCUUGGCGAGGAAAUCACAAAGCGCCUGGAGACCGGAGGCGCGACUCCCGGUCGACCCAGUUCAGAUGACAUUGCUGUGCCAGAUCUACCUGCACUUGCUAAGUCGAUCGCUCGUUCAAAACGGACUGCAUCUGCUGAGAAGAUGGAUGACAAAAUCGACUUGUUGCAAGAUCACUAUGCACGUCUGGGGGGUCCAGACCCAAACAAUAGCGCAUUGAUGGCUAAUGCAUCAAGGCUGCCACCUGAGCGUAGGGCUGCCGCAAUCGCACGAAUUGAACAGAGAAUGGCGGAGAAGAAACGGGCGCGUGGAAGAAAGGGAUUUGACAAGGAGAAUGUUCGACCUUGA